CUUAAUUUUUUAGCGUCAUCUACUUCGAUAUAGCCGUUUAUAAGAUUUUAAAAGUUUUCUCAAAAUAACGCCGCAAACAUAAUUAAAUCAGAAUGUCUGACUUCUCAGAUCUUCUUUUUGAAGCUGAGAAGCUCACGCAAGAAAUAGAAGAUGCCAGUGAACUUCCAAAAGUCGAUAGAUCUUUAAGACAAGUAUUAGAAGCUUCAAAUGAAUUGUAUAAUAGAGUUGCACAAACUGGUGCUAAAGAUAUCCAAGCUAACCUGUUGUUGGGUUCAAAAGGGAUUGAUUUGCCAAGAAUAGCUCAAAAACUUGAUUUAAUAAGUUCAAAACGAACGUUUGAAGCAGUCCAACCAGUAGAUGAUGUAGACAUUACGGCUUGUUUAGAAAAUGAAACAAGAAAUUGUAUUUUGAGUGUAAUCAAUGAUGAGCAUAAAAAGUGUUUUAAUACUAUAUCAGAACAAGCAUGGGAGCAUCAAAUGGGGGAGUGGAAACAAGAAAAGUUAAAGAUUUUGAAUGCAAUGAUUGGACCAUCUGGAAAUUUUAUAACUUUGCCAAAGCAGCGAACUCUUUUUAUGGAACCGGUUGUUGUGUCAAGUUUAUUAGAUAAAGAGGAGGCGAUGUAUGCUGCAAAAAUUAUGGAGUAUAAUAUGGCUUUGAUGAGAGAAGGGCGUAAACCAAAUCCUGUUAGUUUAUUUGCAAAAGCUGCUGAAGAGUUUAAAAAUACGAAAGUUAAUGAUAUGUGGGAAAUUGUGCGAUACAUGGUUGAAAUGCCUGCAUUUCCUAAAGAAAGUGAUCCCGUUGCAAGUAGAAAUACAGAUGCUGUUGUGUUAAUGUUAGCAAGUCAAGGAAGAAGAUAUCUUGAAUAUAGAUAUAAAACUUACAUGAACAACAUAAUAAACGAAAAUUUAUUACGAGCUCAAAGAGGUGGAAUUCCCGGAACAUAUCCUUUAGUUAAAAGUUUCGUUGGUGUACGAUUUCAAGGUGAUUAUUUAGGCCUUCAAGAUGGUUAUAUAGAAGAAAGACCCUUUUGGCCUGUCGUCUACUACUGCUUAAGAGCCGGAGAUUUAUCCGCAACAUUACACUGCCUUAAAAAAUCGACUGUUGAAUGUCAAGAUUUAAUUGGAUUAUUGGAAAUGAGACUUUCAAAAGGUCCAACCAACGAAAUUGAAAAGUUAGAAAACAACAUUCGUUUUCAAUAUCGAAGAUUUGUUAGAAACGCGACUGAUCCAUUUAAAAGAAUUGUUUGGUCUGUUUUGGGUUGUUGCGAUGUUAGCGACGAGCACUCAGAAGUUGCAAAAACCGCUGAUGAUUAUUUAUGGUUAAAAUUAAGUUUGGUUAGGGCUGGAUAUGAUAGAGAAGACCAUAUCGAUUAUAAUGAUUUACAAAGGACUAUUAUCGAUGAUUAUGGAGAAGCUCAUUAUGAUGCUUUAAAUCAACCCCAUUUAUAUUUUCAAGUCUUAAUGUUAACAGGACAAUUCGAAGCUGCCAUUGAAUUUUUAGCAAGAAUCGAACGUUAUAAAGUACAUGCUGUUCAUAUGGCUAUUGCUUUAAACGAAAUUUAUUUAUUGGCUGGUCCAAGUGAUUAUUCAUCACCUUUACUUUUUAUUGAUCCAGCAGAUCCAAAACCAAGUCGUCGAAUAAAUAUAGUUCGUUUAAUCAUGGUUUAUGUUCGUAAAUUUGAGGUGACUGCGAUAGAAGAAGCGUUACACUAUUUUUAUUUGUUAAAUAGAGUUAAAAAUCAAGAUGAUAAAAACAUGUAUAUGGUUUGUGUAAGCGAUUUAGUUCAAGAAACGCGCGAAUUUGAAAGAAUGUUUGGGAAAAUCCAACCUAAUGGAAUUAGAACGAAAGGUUUACUCGAUCAAUUUCCUAAUUGUGAAGCUACACCAGAAAUUAUUGCCGAUUAUGUUGCUGGGGAACUCGUUCAUAAAGGUUUAUUUGAGGAUGCUGUUGAUAUGUAUGAUAUUGCAAAUAAUCAAGUUGAAGUAUUAACAAUUCUCUGCACUCUCUUAUCACAAGUAGUUCAUCUUCAAACCCAAGAAGGAUCAAUAAGAGAACGAAUUCAAGGAAAAAUAAAAGAUGUUUUUGAAAGAUACGCUUCCGAUGGUUUUAAAUGUCCCGCAAAUAUCGCAGCCUCAUUCACAACGUUAAAAGAUUUAAUGCUAUUUUUCGAUUUUUAUCAUUCAAAACAAUUCAAUCAGGCUAUAAAACUUUUAAACGAACUUCAAUUGGUUCCAUUACAAGCCAACGAACUUAACGAACGAGUGAACAGUUUUAAGAGAUUAAAUGUGAGCGUUUGUAAAGUAUUACCCGAUGUUUUAUUAGCAACAAUGAAUAUUUUAUACGAUCAAUAUCAAAAGUUGAAAAGUACAGAGUUGUUACCGCAAAGAAGAAUUGAUUCUAAUAUUGACAAGCAAUUAAGUUAUUUGAGAGAACAAGCUAAAGUCAUUACAAACUUUACUGGAAUGCUACCAUAUAGGAUGCCAGGGGAUACAAAUAGUAGAUUAGUUCAAAUGGAAAUAUUAAUGCAUUAAAAUUUGUUAUAUAUUUCUUUUGUAUUUUGAAUAAAAGUUUCUUAAUAAGAA